AGGAGGAGGCGGGCUGAGGGUGCACGGCACCGGCGGCGAGGACGAGGAGGAGGAGGAUGGCGGCGCUGUAGCAGGAGGCGGCGCGGACACGCGUGGACGUGGUUCCCCUGCGCUGAGAAGAAUUCCCAAACGAAGCUGCUGCCCCCAUGUCCAUCGCUGUCAGCUUGAGCAAGGAAGAUGCAGCCUGGAACAGAGAGAAUCUAAUAAAUACAAUGUCAACUGGAAGGGUACGGACCAAAAAAAAGGCAUGUUCUUCAGACCAGUCUCCAGACAACCUUCCUCUGAGGAGUUCUGGAAGACAGGUGAAGAAGAAAGCGGCUGAAGCAGCAGAUGAUGAUGAUGAGGCAUCAGAGAAGAAAUACCGAAAGUGUGAGAAAGCUGGAUGCACCGCCACGUGUCCCGUUUGCUUUGCCAGCGCAGCCGAGAGAUGUGCUAAAAAUGGGUAUACAUCCAGGUGGUACCAUCUUUCCUGUGGGGAACACUUCUGCAACGAAUGUUUUGACCACUAUUACCGAAGCCAUAAAGAUGGUUAUGAGAAAUACACUGCCUGGAAAAGGAUUUGGACAAGCAAUGGUAAAAGUGAGCCCAGCCCAAAAGCCUUCAUGGCUGAUCAACAGCUUCCUUACUGGGUGCAGUGCACAAAGCCAGACUGUGGUAAAUGGCGUCAGCUGACAAAGGAAAUCCAGCUGACACCACAAAUAGCAAAAACCUACAGAUGUGGUAUGAAACUGAACAAUUCCACCAAGGCUGAGGGCUCAGACCAGUGUUCCAUGCCUGAGGACUUGAGAGUGGCUGAAGUUUCAGACCAUUGGUGGUACUCCAUGCUCAUACUCCCUCCUUUGCUGAAAGACAGUGUGGCAGCUCCCUUUCUAGCUGCAUAUUAUCCAGACUGCGUGGGCAUGAGUCCAUCCUGUACCAGCACUAAUCGGUUACCUGGUGAAUCCAACCUUGUGAAGUUAGAGCACUUAAAGAGCGUGCCUAAUUUGACUGUUGCAGGCAUGAACAAGUAUUUCCAGCCUUUCUACCAGCCCAACGAAUGUGGGAAAGCACUUUGUGUGAGGCCAGAUGUCAUGGAACUGGAUGAGCUCUAUGAGUUCCCAGAAUAUUCACGGGACCCUACCAUGUACUUGGCUUUGAGAAACCUGAUUUUGGCUCUGUGGUACACAAACUGUAAGGAGGCUCUUACCCCUCAGAAAUGUAUCCAUCACAUCAUUGUUCGGGGGCUUGUGCGUAUUCGCUGUGUGCAGGAAAUGGAGAGGAUCCUUUAUUUCAUGACAAGGAAAGGGCUGAUUAACACAGGGAUUUUAUCAGUCAGUCCUGACCAAUAUCUUCUUCCUAAAGAAUACCACAAUAAGUCUGUCAUUAUUGUUGGGGCUGGUGCAGCAGGAUUAGCAGCAGCCCGACAACUGCACAACUUUGGAAUUAAGGUCAUUGUCUUAGAAGCUAAGGACAGAAUUGGUGGCCGAGUGUGGGACGACAAGACGUUCAAAGGAGUGACUGUUGGAAGAGGUGCACAAAUCGUCAACGGAUGUGUCAACAACCCAAUGGCACUAAUGUGUGAGCAACUUGGCAUUAAAAUGCACAAACUAGGGGAGAAAUGUGACUUGAUCCAGGAAGGUGGAAGGAUAACAGAUCCCACUAUUGAUAAACGUAUGGACUUUCAUUUCAAUGCCAUCUUAGAUGUCGUCUCUGAGUGGAGGAAAGAUAAAACCCAACAUCAAGAUGUUCCUCUUGGUGAAAAAAUACAAGAGAUCUAUAAAGCCUUUAUUCAGGAGUCUGGUAUCCAGUUCAGCGAGCUGGAAGAAAAGGUACUGCAGUUCCAUCUCAGUAAUUUGGAGUAUGCCUGCGGCAGCAAUCUCUCUCAGGUAUCUGCACGCUCAUGGGACCACAAUGAAUUUUUUGCCCAGUUUGCUGGAGAUCACACUCUUCUAACUGUGGGAUAUUCUACUGUGAUUGAUAAACUGGCAGAAGGGCUGGACAUCCGGCUGAAUUUCCCAGUACAGAGUAUUGACUAUACUGGUGAAGAAGUACAGGUCACUACUACAGAUGGAACAGCAUGGACAACACAAAAGGUAUUAGUGACUGUACCACUGGCCCUUCUGCAGAAAAAUGCCAUUCAGUUUAAUCCUCCACUCUCAGAAAAGAAAAUUAAAGCCAUUAAUAGUUUGGGAGCAGGAGUCAUUGAGAAAGUUGCCUUGCAGUUUCCUUAUAGAUUUUGGGACAGUAAAAUUCAAGGAGCUGAUUUUUUUGGUCAUGUUCCACCCAAUUCCAGCCAACGUGGGCUCUUUAGUGUUUUCUAUGACAUGGAUCCAGAGAGCAAACAAAGUAUUUUAAUGUCAGUGGUCACUGGAGACGCUGUGACAACCAUUAAGAGUUUAGAUGAUAAACAAGUACUGCAACAGUGUAUGACUGUCCUUCGAGAGCUGUUCAAGGAGCAGGAGGUUCCUGACCCAGUGAAGUUUUUUGUUACUCGAUGGAGCCAAGACCCUUGGCUCCAGAUGGCAUAUAGCUUUGUGAAAACGGGGGGCAGUGGUGAAGCUUAUGACAUUAUAGCUGAAGAUAUACAAGGAAAAGUGUUUUUUGCUGGUGAGGCCACAAACAGGCACUUUCCUCAGACGGUGACAGGAGCUUACUUGAGUGGGGUUCGAGAAGCGAGCAAAAUAGCAGCCUUUUAAGUACUGAAAUAUUGUCUUUAUAGAUAUAUUUUUACUUCUUUUCUGUGGGUAAAAAACUAUCUUCAAGUUUCCUAUCGCUACCUUUUUCCUAAGUGGUACUGAAAUAGGAUGUGGUACCUGAAGAUAAAAUCUUCGCUUUUCUUUUCCUCUUUCUUCCUCACCCCUCUUUAAAGCCCUGAUGAUACAUAGUGUAGGGUUUGGGGUUUUUUCCCAGCUAAAGCACUCUUAGCAAGAGUGAUACCAGAGUCCCUGGCCAUAGCUUAGUGGAAUAUGGCUCAAGUCAUGCUGGGGUAAACCUUCCUUUCAGAAGGUCAGAUUGAAACGAGACUAAGUUAACACACAGCAUUAAAAAUGCUGUCAGUUAGUCAGAUGGGAAUUUUCCCACUAACUGUGUUUCUCAGGUUGAUUAUAUGCUCCCAGGAGCUCAAACUUGCUCCCAAAAGCCUGAAUAGCCUAGACAACUUCUAGAAUUAUUGUAGGAAGGAACUCAACUAUCAUUCUUUCCACUUGCAGUCAAUAACCUUUUCUAGAAUAUCCUCAGACUCCACAAAGUGGGCUUUGGAAUAUCCAAGUUUGUUCCUUUGAACCAGAUGGCUGGAACAGUUUACAGUGCAAUCACAGAAAGGUUAUUGUUGCUAAAAAAACUUGAGAGAUUAACUUUUACAUGACUUUAAAAACCUUUGAAAUGUUCUCUCUGCUACCUUUUCAGAGAAAUUCUUGUUGUUAGGUGUAAGGUGAGGUUUGCUCAGUGCUUCUAAUCAUGUAGAAACAGGACAGCUUAAAAAUACUAUAUUUCUAUGAUUAUUUUGAAAUCAAACUUCCACUUGGGCUGAGUAGAGGAACUCUCUGCUGCUACCAAGUGCACAGUGUGGGGUAUGAUGAACUGUAAGUUCCUGACUGCUCAUUCUGCUUUUAUAUCUAAAAAGAUAAGUGAAGGUGGAUGAGGAGAAAUACUGAUGCUUUUAUGAAGGGCUGAAACAAGGUGGCUUGCACUUUGACUUUAAGUUGUAUUAUUGGGGUUUUUUUCUUCUAUUAUUAAAGUAGUAUUAAAAAUACCUUGAGGGAGCAAUUCAGUAAGGGCUAAGCAGCUAUCAGAUAGCUUUUUCCAUGGGGCAAGGAAGAAAAGAAACCAUUUUUCAGUAGAAAUAAGACAGACACACUCAGGCUAUCUGUUGUAAUACUGUUCUACUAAAAUGGUAUUCAUGAAAAACAAUGACACCAAACUUUUAGAUCUUUUCUCCUGCAAUGUUACUGCAGAGACCUCAGGAUUUCUGGAAGCAACUUUAAGCACUUAUUCUUCCCUUCCCUGCCCCUUCUCAUGCAUAGGCUCUGCUCUUUUUUUAUUCUCUUCAUUUAGAAGUGACACAGCAAACUUUUCCUGAGUAACAGUGCUGAUUUCUUUAAAGCUCUAUCUUUGAGGCGGGGGGGGGGGAAAUCAUGAAGCAAUCUUAAGAAAGAUCCUACUGAAUAAAGGCAAUUGUUCCUUUGCAAUACCUAAUAUUUUGGUUUUAGAGUAGCUAUGCUAUUGUUAAAUACCUUUAUUUAAUCUUUAAUUUACAAGAUGUUUAUAUAACUAGAUGUUUUUCAGAUAUAUAUUCUGUUCUGCUUCUUAAAGCUGAAUUAAAAGGAUUAAUAGGAAAAGCAUAACUGUUCAGAACUUUCCUCUACAGAAAUGCUAGGAUGCACAGCUUUAAAGUAUUUCCAAGGAUUAAAUGGUAAUUUAUAGGCUAUAAGAAGCAAGACAAAAAUUCUCUGAUGAUAAAAGAGAAUCAGACAACGCAUUUUGAUUUUGGUGAAUCAUUUGCACUUUGUUAAUGUCAUAGAGUACAGGCCUACUUAUAUAUAGCAUAACUAGGAAAGACUGAGAGCUACAGAUGGUUGAAGUUUCUUUCCCAGAUUAUCACAUAUGAUUAGGAGGAGCUUCUGAAGGGGGGGAAAAAAAGCUUUUUAAUCACAAGCCCAAAACAUUAUAUAGUGGCUGCUUCGUCUGACUUUGGUCAAAACUUCAAUCAGCUUCUGAACAGUAGGUAGAUGUAUCAGCCUUUAGGUAGGAACUGGCUGGAAAGCUGAGCUCAGCAUCUAUUUCUGCAGUCCAAAGCUUGUGUGAACACGCUUGAUUUCAGGCACAUGCUUCCAUCCUGGUACUUUGUACUUGGGGUUUUAAAUCUAUCUACAACUUUGCAGGUAGAUAAAUGCUAUAUUCUAGAGAAUAGAGGUGGACAUGAACAAAUGUUGUCACAUCUGGCUUUACUUGCUGCACACUUCUUAGAGCAUUAAGAGAAAGGAUAACAAAUGAUACAUUUACUGAUGCUCUAGUCUAUUAAUUAUUUGUAUAUUAUUUUGGUGCCAGGGCACUUAAAACUGUGUUGUGCUGCACUUGAGGAGUAAAUAAAACUAAGUAUGUUCCAUUUUAUUUGAAAUGUAUAAGAACAUCAGGCUGGUUCUGAGACUUCAUUCUUUAAUUAAUGUUCCCCAGAAAUCUUUUUAAUACCUCUGUUAACAUUUAUUUCAAGCAUGUAUGUGUUUUCUUUGGUGUUUACUUUGUUCCCUGCAAAUAAAGAACUAGGGAAUGUUUUAUUUGAGUAGAUUUGUUUAUAAAGAAUAUUUGAAUGCAGAGCAUGAUCUGUUACACUUCAGCUCUUCUGUGUGACUAUGUUAUGGCAGCAGAAUAAAACUGGAAAGUAUC